AUGGCUGGAGACGAUCUCGCGAUCGUUGAAGCAAAACCGAUAGAAGGAGGAAGCCUUACAUCGAUCCAAUGCCCUAUGCUCACUUCCACAAACUAUACCGUAUGGGCUAUGAGAAUGAGAGUAGCGCUGGCAGUCCAUGAAGUCUGGGAUGUCAUUGAAGAUGAAGAUGAGGCAGAGUCGAGCAACAAGAAGAAGAACAACAUGGCUCUAGCGUUACUUUUCCAAUCAAUACCAGAAGCGCUUGUCUUACAAGUCGGUGAACUAAAAUCAGCUAAAAAAGUAUGGGAAGCGAUUAAGGGAAGGAACAUGGGAGCAGAUAGGGUUAAGGAAGCAAGAUUACAAACGCUGAUGUCAGAAUUCGAGCGCAUAAGAAUGAAGGAAACUGACACGAUUGACGACUUUGGUGGAAAACUAGCUGAGAUCGCAUCGAAAGCAUCUGCUUUAGGAGAAAGCAUCGAAGAGCCAAAGUUAGUCAAGAAGUUCCUGAAGAGCCUCCCUAGAGCGAAGUUUAUACAUAUUGUAGCAUCUCUUGAACAGCUGCUAGAUCUAAACAAAACAAGCUUUCAAGACAUCAUGGGACGCUUGAAAGCGUUUGAAGAGCGAGUCCGUGAUGAAGAUGAGGUUCAAGAUGAUCAAAGCAAAUUGAUGUAUAUGGAGGGUCAAGGGAAUCAAUCGAGUCAAAAAUAUAACUACAGCGAGAGUAAUAGAGGCAGAGGUCGUGGAGGACGGUUCGGAAGAGGAAGAGGUCGCGGUGGUCGUGGCGGUCGCUCAAACGGAGACAAAGAGAGGGACACGUCAAACGUUGAGUGUUUUAGGUGUGACAAGCUCGGACACUAUGCGAUUGAUUGUCCAGACAGAUUGCUAAAACUCCAAGAAGCUGAAGAAGAUACUAGUGAUACAAAGGAGGCUGAUAAGCUUAUGAUGCACGAGGUGGUAUACUUAAACGAGAAAAACUGUAUACCAAGCAAGUUUGAAGCCAACACUGGAGAGGAGAAUAUAUGGUAUCUUGACAAUGGGGCUAGCAAUCAUAUGACUGGAGAUCGACGAUACUUUUCAAGUAUGGACAACUCUGUUACCGGGAAAGUACGGUUUGGAGAUGAUUCCAGAAUAGACAUCAAGGGAAAGGGAACAAUCUCAUUCUUUGACAUGAAUGGAGAACCAAGAAUGAUGACAGAUGUCUACUUCAUCCCUGACUUGAAAAGUAACAUCAUUAGCCUUGGUCAAGCUACAGAAUCAGGGUGCGAUAUAAGAAUGCAAGGAGAGUGUUUGACGAUGCACGAUCGUGAUGGAAAGCUACUUGCAAAGGCAAACAGAAAAAUCGGCUAUACAAAGUCCACAUGA